AUGGACUACUCUGCCAUUUCCAACGACCCCGAGCAUUCCACCGGUUCCUCGCCCUGGGGCUCUCCGCGUGCCGACCGCACCACAUUCGCCGGCAAUGACAUUCCGUCAUCACCGUUACCCGGCCAGGAGCAAUCGGCGGACGAAGCGGAGCAAUCCCCAAACCUCUCAGCCCAGCUGCAGCGAGCCCAGCUGGCAGACUCAGAAGAGCAGGCUCAAUUUGCGACAAAGCAACCCCAGGAUGCGCCGCAGCAGCAGCAAUCAUCACACCCCGCACGAUAUCAUCCCGGACCAAGGUCGACCGCCCGGCCACCUGCGCCAGCCUACAAGAUUCAAGGCAAGAUUACCAGUCUGGAGCGAACGGGGAAGAAGGACCCCAUCCUUCGGUUCGAUAUCCAUACCAAUAUUCCCAAGUUCCGCACCACCCAGUACCGCGACGUCCGUCGCACCCAUUCCGAAUUCGUCAAGCUCGCAGACCACCUGAUUUCUGCCAACCCGGAAGCGCUGGUUCCCGCCGUGCCACCCCCGGUGACUCCCGCAGGUGCAGGCACCGAUGAGGAUGAGAUCCGGGUGAAGUCGUCGAUGCAGCGGUGGCUCAAUUAUGUGCUGAGCAAUGAUGUCCUCACCCAGGAUGACGAAAUGGUCCUAUUCGUAGAGAGCGAUUUUGGGUAUAGUCCUGUGGUGCGCAUGAAGCAGCCGGCAACCGGAGUGCGUCGCAAGAUGUUGAAGCAAUUUGCGCCGCCCCCAGAUGACACCCCCGAGCUGCAGGCCGCCCGUCCGACGGUCAAGAUGUUCUACUUGGGGACAAUGGACGCAAACCACAAGGUUGACCGUGUGGUCAAGGCUCGCCGAGGAUUGGGUCUCGCUGAAUCUGACUUCGGUGUCAAGCUCGGUCAGAUGCACGUUCAGGAGACGCAUCCUGGCCUGGCCGCGGCCUAUCGCAAGCUCGGAAAGAUCAUUCAGACCGUGGGAGACUACCAUGCCGUCCAGGCCACGGCGGAGGCCACUACUAUGGGCGAUCCUCUGGGCUAUCAUUCGUCGGAUGCUUUCAUCGUCAAGGAAACUUUGACUAACCGACACAUCCUGUUGCGUGAUCUCCUUCAAGCGCAACAGAGCGCCCGCAGCAAGCGCGCCGCGGCUGACCGAUUGAAGGUCAGCUCGUCUGUCCGUUCAGACAAGGUGGACGAGGCGAUCAAUGCUCUUGAGGAGGCACAAAGCCACGAGGAGUACCUCACCAAGCGCACGCAGCGCGUCACAACGAAUCUCUUGCAGGAGAAACGUCGCUGGUUUGACCGGACGACCAACGACCUCCUGUUCAGCCUGCGUGAAUACACCCUUCGGCAGAUCGAGGCCGAACGGCGCACCUUGGCUACUCUGGAGAGCGUCCGGCCCGAUAUCCGCGCCAUUGAUGCCUCCGGUGGCCUGAGCCGAUUGGGCCGUGAAUCCCACCCGUCGGCGCGACGGCCGAACCUUGCAUCGAGCCAAGGCCCUAAGGGCGACGCGUGGAGUGGCGUGCCCCGUCGAAAUGACAGUCUCAGCCGCAGCAUCAGCGGCAGCGUGAGCGGGAGCUUCACGGCACCUCCAGCGGGCGAAGAAGAAGAUCAGGCGAACGGCCAGGGCGCUGACAAGGGUCGUGUGCGGUCGACUAGCCAGGUCGGGUCGAUUGCGGAGGAGGACGAUGACCGGUUGGAUGCGCGCAAUGCGGCCAGUCGGCUCGCUACCAGCACGUUCUAG